AAUAUAUAAUAAUAAUAAGAACCAAGAAACUAGUUAAUGUUUGUUGACAAACAUAAGAGGCGCCUGACUCGAGUGUUCCAGUACAACACGACAAUUAUUUAUCUUUAUUACUCUCUUCUUCAACCACAUUAUGACUUCAACCAAGUUAUUUAGUUUUUAAUGCAGUGAUCUACACGAGUGACUUUUUUUAUGGAAUAUCCGGCAGAAUUGAGCGUGAGCAACAGCAGCAGCAAGUUGAUGGGCUGCGCCUCCUAGCAUAAGUGAACAAUUAAGAAGAAUUAGUGUGAGUCUUGGUAGGCCUAGGAGGAGAUAUGCCAGGUGUGAAGAGAGUGCCAGACAAUGAAAGGGACGACCACGAGAGUGAAAAAAAGAUGGAGGACCAAGAUUCUGACAGUGAUCAUAGUUCACUGGACGAGUCUAUAUCAUCUGAUGGCACUGAGUCUGAUGAUUCCUCAGAAUUGGACGAGGAGGAAUGUGAUAGACGGCGAGGGGAAUAUCUCACAGAUCUCUCAGAUUUGGAACGGCAAUUUUCUUUGCUCAGAGAACAACUGUACCGUGAACGAGUUACUCAAGUUGAAGCUAAGUUGGAUGAAGUGCGAGUGGGAGAAGCUACAGAGUAUCUUAUGCCACUGGAGGAGCUUCAGGAAGCUCUGCGUGUCAGGUUGGAAGUGGCUUGUAUCCUUCGUCAGUUACGCCUCCAGAACAUCAGUAAUAAACAUGAAGCUGAACUUCUGGCCUCUAAACAAAACUUUGAGAAUGAGAAAGUGAUGCUGUGGGAUGCAAUUGAAGGUGAACUGGAGGAUAGGAUACGUCGUCUUGAGGAAGAUCGCAACAACGUUGAUGUCACCAGUCAGGUGUGGGCAGAACAGAAUCUACAUAGAAAGAGACGAAGACAUAGACAGGGUUCAAAUAGCUCUACUGAUCGCAAGAAAAAAAAGCCCACUACUGUUGCUGGUCCCUAUAUUGUUUACAUGUUACGGGAACCAGAUAUUGUUGAUGACUGGACCACAAUCAAGAAGGCUCUGACAGCAUCGAAACGAAAAAGUAAAUUUGGGAAAAUCACUUCUCCUCGUCAUUAUUCAGAAGCAGUUUCCCUCUAAGUUUCAGUUACCCAUGGUUUACUGUGGCCCAAAAAUACCUCAAUUUUGCACAAAGCAUAAAAAUAGAGAAGCUGGCAGUUCUUCAAAGACUAAGAGAAGCCGUGAAGGGCUUCCCAUCAAUGAAAAAGUGAUAAUUCUUCACUUAUUGUGGAUAAUUUAUCAAUUAAACUUUAUAAUAGGUAUGUAUAGGACUUGUAUAUAGGGUUUUCUACUAUCUACUGUUUGGGUAUCCACAGCACAUCCUUGGAAUGUAUCCCUCAUGGAUAUGGGGGUCUUACUGUAUUUGGCUUUCACCUAUAUCUAUACUGUAUCGAAUUGUCCAAGUUUUUUUCCUCAUCAUGAAACAGCAGUUUGUUUUAAGACAUGGGUUUAAAAACAAUAACCUGUUGUCUGGUUAAGCUCCUGCUGGCCUACCAUAGCUAUUGUGGCUUUCAGUUUAUUUCUGUAAGACUAUUUUUGAAACUAACCAUAGAAUUUUGUUCAAAAUAUACACAAUAAAUUUCCCAUUGUCUAA